CCUAGUACCACCUGGGGAUUCCCCGUCGCUGCCAUGACGUCACGGAGUCCCGCGCGGCCCCUCCCCGCCCGACCACGCCUUCCCGGGCGGGAGGUGAGCGGCUCGCGGGCGGGACACAGCGGCCAUGGCCGGGCCCGGCGCCCCCUGCGCCCCCGCCGCCCGCUGGAAGCGCCACAUUGUGCGGCAGCUGCGGCAGCGGGAUCGUACGCAAAAAGCACUCUUCCUGGAGCUGGUGCCGGCCUAUAACAGUCUCCUGGAGAAGGCUGAGCUGCUGGCUAAGUUCUCAGAGAAGCUGCAGCGAGGGCCAAACGAUGUCAUCUCCACCAUCCACCAGAGCUCCUGGGAGGAGUCAGGGCUCGAUUCAGACCAAGUCUCAUCACCAGCCACCCUGAGGGUGAAGUGGCAGGAGGAGAAGGAGGGUCUCCAGCUGGUCUGUGGUGAGAUGGCCUACCAGGUGGUGGAGAAGAACGCAGCCCUGGGCACCCUGCAGUCGGAGCUGGAGGAGCGGCAAGGCAGGCUGGCAGCUCUGGAGGCUCGCGUGGCGCAGCUGCAGGAGACGCGCAGGCAGCAGGCCCUGCAGGUGGAGGAGCGACGGGAGCAGAACGCCGCGCAGCACGCAGCCUAUGAGGCGCUGCGCGCGCACGCCGAGCACCGGGAGGCGGAACUGCGCAGGCUCCAGGAGGAGGCGCGCGACCUGCUGGAGCGGCUCGUGCAGCGCAAGGCGCGCGCCGCCGCCGAGCGCAACCUGCGCAAUGAGCGCCGGGAGCGGGCCAACCAGGCGCGGGUGUCCCAGGAGCUGAAGAAGGUUGCCAAGCGGACUGUGAGCAUCAGCGAGAGCUCAAACACUCCAGGCGAUGGGAUCAGGGAGGGGAAGGAGACUGUGGCCGUGGGCAGUGAGUCGGCAUUCCUGGAGAGUGAGGGUUGUGAGAAAUGGAAGAGGCCCUUCAGGUCUGCCUCAGCCACCUCUCUGACACUGUCCCGCUGUGUGGAUGUGGUGAAGGGGCUGCUGGAUUUCAAGAAGAGGAGAGGUCACUCAAUUGGAGGUGCCCCCGAGCAGCGAUAUCAAAGCAUCCCUGUGUGCGUGGCUGCCCGACUUCCUACCCAUGCUCGGGAUGUCUUGGAUGCCCACCUCUCUGAGAUCAAUGCUGUUUGUUUUGGCCCCAACAGCAGCCUUGUGGCCACUGGUGGGGCUGAUCGUCUUAUCCAUCUUUGGAAUGUCGUGGGAGGUCGCCUAAAGGCCAACCAGACCCUUGAGGGAGCUGGUGGCAGCAUCACUAGUGUGGACUUUGACCCCUCGGGCGCUCAGGUUUUGGCAUCUACUUACAACCAGGCCGCCCAGCUCUGGAACGUGGGGGAAGCACAGUCCAAGGAGACACUGUCUGGACACAAGGACAAGGUAACAGCUGCCAAAUUCAAGCUAACGAAGCACCAGGCGGUGACUGGGAGCCGAGACCGGACAGUGAAGGAAUGGGACCUCGGCCGCGCCUACUGUUCCAGGACCAUCAACGUCGUUUCCUACUGUAAUGACGUGGUAUGUGGGGACCACAUCAUCAUUAGUGGCCACAAUGACCAGAAGAUCCGGUUCUGGGACAGCAGGGGACCCCGCUGUACCCAGAUCAUCCCUGUGCAGGGCCGGGUCACCUCCCUGAGCCUCAGCCAUGACCAGCUGCAUCUGCUCAGCUGUUCUCGUGAUGAUACACUCAAGAUCAUCGACCUGCGUGUUUUCAAUAUCCGCCAGGUGUUCAGGGCUGAUGGCUUCAAGUGUGGUUCUGACUGGACCAAAGCCGUGUUCAGCCCUGACAGAAGCUAUGCACUGGCAGGCUCCUGGGACGGAGCCCUUUACAUCUGGGAUGUAGACACUGGGAAGCUGGAGAGCAGCCUUCGGGGGCCCCACUGUGCUGCUGUCAAUGCUGUGGCCUGGUGCUUCUCUGGGAGCCAUGUGGUGAGCGUGGACCAGAGCAGGAAGGUUGUGCUCUGGCACUAGGGCCAUGAUACCCUCCCUUGGCUGGAGCUCUGGUCUGAAGGCUUAAACAGCUUCCCUCUAGUCCACAGGGUUCCAGAGUCAGCAGGGGUAGGGAUGGAGGGCCUCCAGGUUUAAGGGGGAGGAAGGCCUGGCAGGACCUGGCCUGUUGGUUUAAAUGCAAACGUGGGUUGGUGGGAUUGUAGUUGUUUUUGUUAUCUUUGUCUCCUUACUUCCUGUCCUUAAAGUGGAAAAAAACAAAAUUAUAUUUAAAUUGUGUCGGUUGUUUCUUUACAGCAUUUGGGGGAAUAAGGAGACCUUUGGGCUGGGGGCUUGGCCCCCUCCCCUCUGUACAGAACUGGGGCUGAGUAGUGCAGUGUCUGCCCUAUCAGGAAAAUGGGCUGUUCGAGUCUAACCAUAGAACAGCAUGAAGAAAGGCCCAGAGGCAGCAAAAAGCAACAGCUCUUGGGAAUAUGACCCUUGGUCCAACCUAAUCCUGAGGCCAAACCAACACAGCGGGCUCUCUUGCUCAGGAACUCAGGAUAGACUAUGCCUGAGGAGGGACAGGGGGGUAAGCUAGGGAUCCUGGCAGAAAGGAUCCUAACAAACCAGAGGCAUACCAGAGUAGUUGAUACACCAGAGCUGCCUUUAGAUUAGGGCCUGUUCUUUCCCCAAAGGCAGAGCCAGGACAGGGGAGGGCAACGGGGGCCAGGCCUGAGCUUGUGACUUCAUUCACAGUGACACCAAAUUUAAUCCACACAAUGAGCUUCUGAGUAGGAGGCAGAGCCAAUUGAGCCUGGUACCUGGCACUUCUCCAAUUUAGGGCCAGGCACAGGCCUGUGGAGACAAGUGUUGGUCAAAUGGUAAAACCUGCACUGCUGGCUCCCAGAUCACUUAACCCGGCCUGGUCUGGCAGGCCCCUCCGCUCUGGCUGUUAUCCUCCUCUGUGUGGCCUGUGCUUCUCAGCACCAGAUCAUGGGACUGCUGUGCCAUACACUCCAUCCCUGGUGCCACUGUAGGCCACCUUCCAGACUGGCUCUCCCCUGGCUAGUAGUUCCCUCCUUGCCACAGUGGCUUUCUAAGGUGUCAUGGUCACAUGACCAACCCCUUGAAGUUCCUCUGCUGCCUUCAGAGAAAUAUACCACCUUUUGGGUGCCACCGUAAGCCUGCAUCUGCCUUCCCUUGCUAUUGUGGAUGUGCUUGACACAUGCUUUUCUCUUGGCUCUUGAAGGAGGCUAGGAUGGGAACACACUAUUCUCCCUGGGAUCAGGCCUGGCUCAGAGGAGCUUCAGGAAAUGUUUACUGAGUGGUUAAAUUCUUUUUCAGGGACUCAAUUCUAAGGUUCUAGGAGUCCAACAUUCUUCCAAUCUUAAGCCCUCUUAGGUCUGCCCCAGUCCUCCUGCCCUGACUCCUAAUGGCCACCAGGGGUCACCAGCCAGUUUCCUGAGGCCUGCCUCCCUCCAGGGACUGGUGGCUGGAAGGACCAACAAUCCUAGUGGAUCAUUAGGAUAUGUCAGCUCUGAUUUGUACUCUGCUCUUGGCAGCUUCAUUUGUGAAGGAGGUGCCAUUUCUUCUAUCAAUGGAAAAAAUGAGCUUUUUGGCAUUGAUAUAAUUCUUGGCAGCUUACGCCAGUAACAUAGCAAACAAAGCAAGAAUCUAGGAGGAAACUCAACAGGUUGUGUCAAGUUGUAGGAUUUCAGGACAAAUUUCAAUUCUCUGCCUAAAAUUUAUGUCAUUCAAGAUCAUACAGCUAGUGA